AUGAGGUUCAUAUGUUUCUGGUGUAUGGUUGUUACCGCCAUACAGGCGCAAGAGGGCUAUUAUGCGCCACAAACAUUCAGACAGGCUGGACCAUAUUACAGAGGAAUGUUCACAUCAGAACGCGACGCAGACGCAGCUGGUUCUGUUUCUCAAUCCUGGAAGCCAGCGAAUGAAGGACCCAUUUAUGAUGAUUAUCCAGAAAGAAGCUACAAAGGCUAUGCAGGUCCACCUCCAGCUAAAGCUGAACCCUGGCGUAUGCCGUACAGCACGAGUAAGGAGCAACAGGCAUCCAUCCUGCACCACAAGCAAUCUCUAAGCUCAGAUGGCGCUUUCCGUUUUGAAUAUGCAUCCGACAAUGGUCUGGCUGCAGGGGAGAUGAUAGAACCUGAUGGUUCAAGAGUUGGUGCUUAUCAGUACAAGGAUCCAAGUGGCCAGCUCGUCAAACUGAAGUACCGAGCUGGGAAGGAAGGUUUUCAGAUACUAGAAGGCAGCCACGUACCCAAAAGUCCACAGCCGAGUGCGCCGCAAAGUUCAGACACAUACUACCAACAGGCGUACGAGCAACAGCGACAACAGUACGAAACACAACAGCAGUACAACCAGCAACGCCCCGAACCAAACCAGGGACCAAUUGAACAGCGUCCUGCUGGUGGACAGUAUUUCGUGCAAAACUGGAGGCCCGACGGCAACGAUGGACAGUAUCGAGACAAUGAUGUGGAAGGUCCCAGGGGACCGCAUACCUUCGGCGAGGGCUACGCGUUCGCUUUCCAGGGAAAAAACAAUAACUAUUAG